AUAGCAGUAUUUUGUAGUUGCUUUAGUCUAAGCUCGUUGCAGAUUAAGCACAGAGCUACAGUACAGCAAACAUAACAAUGUGCUGCAUUGUCUCGGUUUUCCCCAUUUACAAACAUGCCAAAGCUGUUUCCUAAAGAUAUACCUUCACAUCUAAUUUCACAACCUUGAAAGUUGGAUUUUAAACGACAUGCACACUGAUCAGUGAGUCGGGGUCUAAUGGAAGAGGGUCUGCAAGCAGAACUUAAACCACUGAAGAAAAUAUUCUUUCAUGCUUGCCUCAAAAUGCAAAAUUUCCCCACUCUCCAUUUUGGAAAAAUCAUUACAGGUUGAGUAUUCCAGGGCAUUUGGAGUUUUUAAUGGUUGACAGACAACAGAGAGAGAGAGAGAGAGAGAGAGAAAGACACAGACUGGCUGUCCACUUUAUUAGGUACACCUGUUCAGUUGCUCAUUAACACAAAUAUCUGAACUUCUGAUCACAAGCUGCAUAUAGGUGUAUUUAAACAUGUAAGUAUGGCCAGUAACGCCUGCUGAAGUUGAAACCAAGCAUCAGAAUGGAGAAGAAAUGUGAUCUGCGUUCGUUGCUGUGAGGUGGUAUGCAAAAACAGCGCCCUUAGACAAUAGGAACUGAAAGUUAUUAUGGCAGAGAGGGAAAACGAACCUUAAGUGAAUGUGAGGGUGUGGAUCAGCUGAGGCAACUUAGCUGCUGCUGCUCGAGCAUCAUUUACCUUUCCAAGUUUAAAGACUUGAAGUGAAAAAGUCAUCACAAGACUACAGCCAACAUGGAUAUCACUAUCACUAUGCUGGGUGAGUCCCACACUCUGACCGUGAACCCAGAGGACACAGUUGGCUCUCUGAAAAUAAAAAUCCAGGAGAAACUGGAAGUCGACCCUCAGACACAGAAACUGGAUUUUCUCAACGGUCAUCCCAACGACGACUCCAAACCCAUCAGCUACUACGGCUUACAGCACGGCUCCCGGGUGUCCCUGUUGGUCACUGAGCCUCCUCCACCUGCUCCCACCCAGGUGUUCCUCAGAAAUGUAAAGGGACACUCCAGCACCUACGACAUCCAACCCGGCGAGACCGUGAGCAACUUCAAGAACAGAGUCGAGAAAAGAGAGGGGGUGCCAGCGAGCCAGCAGAGGCUCAUUCACCAAGGCCGGGAGAUGCAGGGUGGCAAACUGGAGGACUACAACGUCAGAAAUCACAGCACCAUCUACAUGAUUUUGCGCCUGAGAGGAGGCUGAGGACUCUUUAAAAUGGUUCCAAAAACCCAUGUAUGUUAUUUAAUAUUUAUAAGCUUGGCUUAUCUCAUUUAUCAUAUCUAUUAGUGCUUUUAUUUUGGAAAAACAAAAAACAUUCCCAUAGACCGUACAAUAUGGGUUCAUUAACCAGUUUGCAAAUCUGUGUUUUCUUUUGGCACAAGAUAAGUAAUUCAUACAAAUCAACACGUUGGUGAUUCUGUCAUGACAAAUACAUGUUAACUGCACUGAUUACAAAGAAUAAAGUUUACAACAGGAGUCUACGUCUCUUCACAUUUCCUCUGCCUGUGUCAGCUCAGGAAGGUGGGGCUGGCAUUCUCAAUGUUUAUGAGAGACUCUCAGUCAUAUAAAGUAAUAGUUUUUAUUAGAUCUUACACUGUUAAGAUAUAAAUUUCAAGUCGAGUAUUUAAAAUGUUAUAAUGGUUUCAGUCCACUUUAAAUUUAAUCACAA